AUGUUGCCAACAAUCACAGUAAAAAGCAAAUAUGUUAAGAAAAAGACGACAAAAGUCUUUGUUGGUCCUAGACAAAUGAGGAAUCGGGUGAAUGCAAGAUUACAGGAAUAUUAUGCAGAAGUUGAAAAGGAAGAUAUGUCAAACUUAGUAGAUAUGCCAUGUAAAGAGAAGAUAAGAAAUGUUGAUGACAUUCCUGAAACCUGUAAUGAACAUCUGGGCUGCUCACAGAGACAAGUCACACACCAAAGUUCUCCAAAUGAGUCAGUGGGGGAAGGGGAACCAGUCAGAGACUACGACAGUGAACAACACAAUGAAGUGAAUCAACUAGACAGUGAACCAGAUAGUGAUUACUGUGUCAUUAUUCAGGAUACAACGCUGCAAUAUUUUCUAAUUGAGAACUUCGUUGGUAUAGCUGGCGCGCCAUAUGUUAUUGGUAAAAGGUAUCUCAAGGUUGAAUCUAUGUUUGAGUAUCCUCUGUCGUCAACAAUUCUGUUUGAAGCUGUUGUGUCUUGUUUAUCUGAAUUGGAAUUAUACCCAUUUGAUGUUAUCCGUAUGAAAGCUGCCCUCGGGCAUAUCGGUUUUGGCAACCAAUGCGAGUAA